GAGUGAAAACAGAGAUACACUGUGUGUUUGUGAGAGGAAGAGUGAAUAGUGGAUGUGUGAUAAAGAACGGAUGAGAGAGAAGAAUUUGUUUAUAGUGAUGAGAAGAGGAAAAGGUUGAAAAUAACAAAACCGAGAAUAAUAUUUGAAAUUCGACCAAAACAUUUCCCAAACCUGUGUUCUAAACAGAUUCUUUCCCCAGUCGACCGGUAGCGCUGGGUAGUGGUUAGUGUAUUACAGUACCGGUAUACAAUACACAGUGCUUUUCUAUUGACUCGUGCUUCGCAUGCAAUGACUCGAAGUAUACAGUAAUUCGAUUUCCACGCAUCACUCAACUUUACUAUGAGUGAUCCAUUAGUCUGGUGUAAUUUGUUGGUGACCCAGUGAUUGAGUGAUUGAUGUGGAGUGUCGACGUUGACCGUCCAGAUCUGCCACAUGCUCGUGCCGAUUGAAUUAUUCAGAAAUGGGUUUAUCGGUCCAUGCAGACUGUUUGUAUGUCGGCAUACUUGACGUAUGAGUUUGUUCUACCGUGGUACCUGUUCGAUAUAAUAUCUUCGAAGAUGUUGUAGUAUGAACGUGUCUGCUGGAGGUGACGAGCUACAAGGAUCGCAAAAUGGCUCGCUAUCGGAGUGCGGCCCGCAGCAAUGGCCGCACCUGCAGCUGUUCCCCCACUGGCACCAGUGGUGCGUCAACUCCACCUUCACCUUCGACUUCCCCAUCGACAUGCAGUUCAACGACGGGCAUCGCCUCUCCAUCAUCGCCUACUCCACCCUCAUGCUGCUGUCGGCUAUAGGCAACUUCACCGUCCUUUCCAUCCUCAUUCGGCGCAGGCGCAACAACAUCAACAACAUGCUUAUACACCUUGCCAUCGCCGAUUUGCUCGUGACGUUCUUGCUGAUGCCGUUGGAGAUAGCGUGGUCUGCGACAGUGAUGUGGUGGGCUGGCGACGCUUGGUGUCGCGUCACAGCUUUCUUUCGCACCUUCGGUCUCUUCCAGUCCUCCUUCGUCCUUGUCUGCAUCAGUAUCGAUAGGUAUUUUGCAGUGCUGAAGCCGAUGAAUCAUCUAUCAGAUGUGGACAGAAGAGGCAAGAUAAUGCUCAGCUGUGCUUGGAUUGGCUCAGUCUUGUGCAGUCUACCGCAGAUGCUGGUAUUCAGGGUGCAGGCUCAUCCGUACGUGCCAUGGUUUGAGCAGUGCAUCACCAUAUGGUUUGCGCAGGACGCAAAGAACCCCAGCGUCCAGGAAUUCGUGUACUUUGUGUUCGGAAUGCUCAUGAUGUACUGUAUUCCCUUCCUUGUCAUACUCUUCUGCUAUGCCUCGAUUCUAGGCGAGAUCUACCGGCACUUAAGAGAAGAUAAAUCGGUUGAAGAAAAAAAGCCCCGACAGUUGAGACCUGCGACCGCAGAGGACUCCUAAAAAAGAGUCCUCAAAUGACGCCUGCGUCAGGCGACAGUAGAGGACACUUCAAUUUUCGUACAGCCCCGACAGUCGAAGCCUACGACCGUAGAGGACUGGAAAACAGUUGGUCUCGACUGUCGCGCCCCCGCUGUACAACUGUUUUUCCAUCCCUUUCAGAGAGUAAGUUCAGAUAAAUUCUAUAGCUAUGAUUUUCUCCAUCAGAAAUACAUUUUUCCAAAUCUAAAGAAUAGUCCACCUUCUUCCCAUACGUAAUAUACGCCCAUGGUAGAUACGAUUUGUUAAAAAAACCAAAAAAAUUCUUUCUCAAUAGCAAUUAAAGUAUCAUCUACAUUGAAAAAUUGUGAGAAUUUAUCUCUUAUUCAGAAAGUCUUUUGAGACUUGUAAAGAGUUCUCAAACAUAUGAAAUAUAAUUCAAAACUCAAAUAUACAGUAUAAGAAUUCCCAAGUUCAGUUUGAACUCUAAUACAUAAAUUAUUAUUACAUUUUUUGUCUUCCAUGGUCCCUUAAAAAUUAUUACUUUUAUCCCUGUAAAUUAUACUUUCAUAAUAUAUUUGUGCAUGGCCAAUGAGAUGAAUGAUGGGAUGAUGAUGGGAUGUAAAUGAAAGUAGACUUUCAGGUGAUUUUUAAACUAACGGGUGAUUGAUUAUGAAUAUCAAUUUACUAUUGGUCAUCCAUGCAGCAGCACUUCCAAGUUUUCGAGACUUGACCACACUAUCACUCAUUAUUUUGAACCUUGUCUACAAAAUUAGGUUAGUAUGUUUCUACGAACUUAGGUGGUAGGUUUCCACAAAACCCACAUUCGGUAUCUUCGCAUGGCUGCUCUGACGGAUUUGAAGAUUCUUGUCUCUCAGUUCCUGUGUUUUAUAAGUAGCCUGGAGGGAGAAAGAGAAAGAACCUAGAAUCAAUAAAGUACAAAAAUGUAGUUUACUCUAGCUUCAGCUAGAGAAUAGCUCUGCCACCCUUUUAUAGAUUGAAUUGCAUUCAGCGGUGUCUUGUCUCCCCCGUGCCAAUCUGAGUGGUUUCCUGAUGUAGACACGACUUUUCUCUCUCGUUCAACUCACUCUCUUGUCAGUUGAGAAAAAUGGCAUCAGUUUCGAGAACUGAAAGUCCAGUAUUAGGCUUAAUUUUUUCUCAUUUUCACUGGAAAACUAAUCUAUCACUAAUCUUUAUUGAAAUUUUGGGAUCUUUCGAAGGAUUAGAUAUUGAUUGCAGGUUUCCCCAUGGUCAUGUGUGAUACAUGAUUUCGAUACAGAGUUCCAAAAGGAAAUGAAUAGGCGAUUCUUCAAUGUUUCUUUCAAUUACGAAAUGCUUACUCUCAAUCUAUAUGAUAUAGAGCGCUCUACCUAAUCUCAGAUUGUAGAGCACAAAAAUACGCCCAGAGGAAUUUUGAAUCAUACAUCUAAAAGGUAACAAUCGAAAAGAUAUUGUUGAUCAAAAACUAAAAGUCAUCAGAAUUGAUUUUUUCUUCAAGUUUUACUCAUUUUCGAAAAAUCAUAACUCAGUACUCAUUGGCGAUAGAGAGUUCCGAAUGAUCUCAUUUUAUUCAAAAUCCUAUUAUCUGAAAAAAGGAGGGAGAAAAUUUAUCUGUCUGAUUCUUGGAUUUGGCAGAAAUAGCUGAAAUAUACUGGAUUUGGCAGAAUUAUACUGUAAAAUGAAUGAAAAAUACGAGGUUUU